ACUGUCAAGUACCCGCCGAGUCUUCCUCCUCCCAUUUUUUUCACUUUCCACAAGCCACAAGUGCCGCGCUACUUUUCCUCCACCUCGGCCUACAAAGCCUCCGCGCUCCUGCGCCGGCGAGCCGCUUUCUUGCAAAGCAUUUUCUUUCCUCCCCUGCUCUCCCGCAUCCACAUUCUUCCUUCUCGUUUCGCCGGCGCAGGAUGGCAAUAGACCACGCGUCCCCUCUUGCGCUCAAGAGCGGCGGCGCCGCCACGGGAGGAGCGGGGCGUGACGAGGAGGCGGGGAACCAGCGGUGGCCGCCGUGGCUGAAGCCGCUGCUGGCGACGAGCUUCUUCGUGCAAUGCCGGGCGCACGCCGACGCGCACAAGAGCGAGUGCAACAUGUACUGCCUCGACUGCAUCAACGGCGCGCUCUGCUCGCUCUGCCUCGCCCACCACCGCGACCACCACGCCAUCCAGAUUCGGAGGUCGUCGUACCACGACGUGAUCCGGGUGUCGGAGAUACAGAGGGUGCUGGACAUCACCGGCGUGCAGACGUACAUCAUCAACAGCGCGCGCGUGGUGUUCCUCAACGAGCGCCCGCAGCCGAGGCCGGGCAAGGGGGUCACCAACACCUGCGAGGUCUGCGAGCGCAGCCUCCUCGACUCGUUCCGCUUCUGCUCCCUCGGAUGCAAAAUCGUAGGCACGUCCGGCGGGCACCGGCCGAGGAAGAAGCACGGCGGCGUGGGCGGCGGUGGCAAGAAGAAGAGAGCGGCGGUCAAGGACGCGCGGUCGGACUCGGAGCACUCGUGCACGAGCACCAGCGGCGGCAGCAGCGACAGGAGCAGCGUGGUGCAGAGCUUCUCGCCGUCGACCCCGCCGGCCACCUCCAGCAGCUACCGCGCCGGCAACAAGCGCCGCAAGGGCAUCCCGCACCGGUCGCCGUUCGGCAGCCUCAUCGUGGAGUACUAGGACAGCGCACAUGCCAUGCCUGCCCUGAUCAACACUCUAGCGUACUGUACACGUGACAUGGCCAAGAAGGUAAUGGCUGCGCGCCGUGAACGGCGAGCCCCGUGCCGCCGUCGAGGGGCACGAGCAGUGAGCACAUACUAUAGCGUGUGACUUUCAGUUUGUUGCAGACUCUUCAGUUAUAGCUAGUUACCACCGGUAAAACCGUAGCGUCCGUUAUACUGUAAGUAACUUGCAGCUCCAUGACGACGACUAAGUUUUGCAAUACACUGUAGUAAACUCCAUGCCCAUAUGGUUAUGAGGCUUAUGGCACUAAGUAGAUCGUAAAUGUGCCCAUAGAUGAUAGAUAAAUGUAUCACGUAGUGUGUGGAGCAGGAGGCCAGUGCGGUGGUGUUCAUGUACGUGCACGGGCCAUGUAAUAAAAAUAAGAAUGCUGCUCA